UUUUGCAUUCCGGAAAAAACUGAUCGAUCGUUGCGUUGCGGCAACGUGAUCGUGAUAAUCAUAGUGUAAUCAGUACAGAAAUAGUUGCUAUUAACAUCAAAUUUAAUAGAAUCUUUAUAAAGUCAUCUUUUAAUAUUGAAUCGUGUCCUAUUUUCGUUUUUUCAACUUCAAUAAAUACACGUCUUUCAAAGAAAAUGAAUUCAAUUUACAAAAGAAGCACGUUUUUUGUGCGACCGUUAAUAAGAAGAGCUUUAUUCAGUACCAGUAUUGCAUUUAGAAAUGAGAAAAAAGAUUUCAAUGAUAUUAUCAAUCCAGAAGGUCACGAACCCUCAAUUCCUCCUUACAUUGAACGGGAGGGUGAAAAUGCAACUUUAAAAAAGUCUCGAUUGACUUAUCAGUCGAGGAAACGGGGAAUGUUGGAAAAUGGCCUUCUACUGAGUACAUUUGCAAAGAAAUAUUUAGAUUCAUUCGAUGAUAAUCAAUUGAAAUUAUAUGAUCGUUUGAUUAAUUUGCCCUCAAAUGAUUGGGACAUUUUUUAUUGGGCGACAAAUGUUAAACCAACACCAGCCGAAUUCGACAAUGAAAUAAUGGAUCUUCUCAAAAAACAUAUUAAAAACGAUAAUAGAGAGGAUUUAAAUUCGAUCAACAAUCAAGAAAUGGAGUCGAAUAUUGAAAAAGAAGAAAUUCCCAAGGAAAAUGAAGUAGAAAGUCAAACAGAGAAUGAAAAAGAGGAUGUAAAAAUAACGCAAACCAUUGUAAAUAAAUUUACCGAAAUUAAUACAAAUGAUACUAAUGUUGCCAAUAAAGUUGAAAGGCCAUUAGGUUUGAAUGAAGUUGGAUUAGCGCAUGAAUUGAGAAUGAGAAGUGAUAGACGCAGAAAUAUUGUUUUUCGAUCAUUUGAUACUGAUAAAAAUUAUAGUCCCGAUGAAUUACUGGAAUUAUUUAUGUCGACAUUUAAUUUAGAUAGAACGGACUUUAUCAUUACAUUUCAACGAGAUAAUAAACUUGCAUUGACAAUGAAUAGUUUUGACACAAAAUUAAAAGUUUUGAGAAAUAAAGAAUUAUUGAGAGAGAAAUUUAUAAGCAUUGAUGACGAUCAUACAAGGCGGGAAGUACACAUUCAAAAAUGGUUGAGAAGUCUGUCGAAUGAGGCAAAGGCAAAUGGUCGACAAUUGAAAGUGGGUUAUCAAAAAGUAUUUAUUAACAAUGAAUGUUGGAAAUUUAAUGAGCGAACCGGUGAGUUAGAAAUGAUGCCUUUUAAAAGUCAAAAAAGUUACAGCUAAACGAAAAUUACUGUAAAUUUACUAUAAAAUUGUCAACAAAAAUUGAAUGAAAUUAAAAACUAAAGAGAACUAUGUUGAUUAUUCUUUUUAACUGGAAAUGAAUGUAGUGAAUUUAUAAGAACCGAAUGCAGCAUUUUAUAGGAAAUAUUGUUUGCUUAACAAGAGAUUUUUCUUAGAAAUAAACACUUUAGAAAAAUAAUUAUUAAAAAAUUCUUACAGAGAUGUUGUGAUCAAUUUCAAAUUUUUUUUAAAGUCGCACUUAAUUUACGCAAUUUGUCAAUGUAAAGUUCUAUAGAAAAUAAAAAACUUAUUAUUGAGAAA